AUGUUAGAGGAGGAAUCUGAUUAAGUUUUUGAGGAGGGACCAUCAAAGAAAUGCAAUUGUAAAAACUCGAAAUGUAUAAAACUCUAUUGUGAAUGCUAUCAGAACAAAGUAUUUUGUGAUAAUAAUUGUCAUUGCCAUAAUUGCUUCAAUAAUUCCUCCAAUGCUAAAUAAAGAUAAAAGGCCAUGUAAUACACGUUAGAAAAAAACCCUAGUGCCUUUCAGCCUAAGAUAACUACUUCUGAUUCAAAACCAGAUCCAUUAAAUUUUGGAAAGCACAACAAAGGUUGUCAAUGUAAAAAGAGUGGCUGUAUGAAGAAAUACUGCGAAUGCUUCCAAGCCAAAGUACCUUGCUCAGAUUAAUGCAAAUGCAUAGAAUGCAGAAAUUAUGGAUUUUUAACUAAAGAGCAUUUUAUAAGAGCCACAAGAGGAGAUGAGGACGAUUUUUUAUGUAACAAAACUUAAGUAUGGUUAGAUCAAUUGUUAUUGACAAAGGACUAAGAUCAUUUAUAAUCGGUGCUUUCAUAUAAAAAACCUUUAUUUGAAUAAAAAGAAAUAGAAGAUGUUAGUAAUUAAAUAAAAAAAAUAAUCUCCAAUAAUGAAUCAGGUCCUAUUGAUCCGAUACUUGAAGUUUUUAUCAAAUUACUAAAAAACGCCUCUGAUUGA